GUCGGCCACCGUGCUUUUAUUGGUCAAAAAGGUGACGAGAGGUUGUGACCAAACGGUGGAAGCAUCAUGUUCAUUUGAGAUUUUGUCGGCAGCAUGGCGAGCGAAGCGGAGCAGUGGAAGGCCAAGGGCAAUGCGGCCCUCUCGGCCAAGAACAACACGGAGGCCAUCGAGUGCUACACCAAGGCUAUCGCGCUCAACGGGAGCAACCACGUCUACUACUCGAACCGCAGUGCGGCCUACUUGAGCGACGAUAAGGCCGAACUCGCCUUGAAGGACGCCGAAGCCUGCAUUGGCGUCAAGCCUGACUGGGGCAAGGGCUAUGCCCGCAAGGGCGCGGCCUUGCAUUCGCUGCAGGACUAUGACGCUGCGGUUGCUGCGUACAAGGAGGGUCUGAAGCACGAGCCAAACAACGCGGCGUGCUUGAGCGGUAUCGAAGAGGUGGAGAAGGCCAUGGCGAGCGCCACGAACCCCCUCGCCGGCGCCUUUGGCCCCGACAUGUUUGCCAAGCUCGCGAUGAACCCGCGCGUGCGCCACCUCCUCAACGACCCGGACUUUGUCGUCAAGCUCCAGGAAGUCCAGAAGAACCCGUCGAAGCUCAACGAGUACAUGGGUGACCAGCGCAUGAUGACGGUCCUCGGCGAACUGCUUGGCAUUGGCGGCAUGAUGAACCGCGACGACGAACCCGAGGCGCCUCCGGCCCCGAAGGAGACCCCCGCGGCUGCCAAGCCCACGCCGGUCCCCGAGCCUGUCGUUGUCGAGGAAGACUUGACGGACGAAGAGAAGGCGGCGCGUGUCUCGAAGCGUGCGGCCGAAGAGGCCAAGGCGCGCGGCAAUGCGUUUUACAAGCAGAAGCAGUUUGCCGACGCCAUUACGUGCUACGAGGAGGCGAUCGCCAAGGACCCGACCAACAUGUCGUACCUCUCGAACCUUGCGGCCGUCCGCAUGGAGCUCAAGGAGUACGAUGAGUGCAUUGCGCAGUGCAAGAAGGCCAUUGAGGUGGGCCGUGACAACCGCGCCGACUAUGCGCUCGUGGCCAAGGCCUACGUGCGCAUUGCGACCGCGUACAUCAAGCAGGGCGAGACGGAGGCCAACCUCUUGGCGGCCAUCCAGGCGUACGAGAGCGCGCAGGUCGAGAACCGUACGAACGACGUCGAGAAGAAGCUCAAGGAGGCGUCGCUCAAGCUCAAGAAGGCCAAGGACCUUGCGUACCGUGACCCGGUCAAGGGCCUCGAGGCCAAGGAGCUUGGCAACGAACACUUCAAGAACGGUGUCUUCCCCAAGGCCGUCGAAGCCUACACGGAGGCCAUCAAGCGCGACCCGACCAACCCGGUCUACUACGCCAACCGCGCGGCCGCGCUCACGAAGCUCACGUCGUUCCCGGACGCCAAGGCGGACUGCGAGAAGGCGCUGGAGCUCGACCCCAAGUAUGUCAAGGCCUACAGCCGCCUUGGCGCGAUCCAGUUUUUCAUGAAGGAGUACCACAAGGCGAUGGAGUCGUACCAGAAGGGCCUCGACAUUGACCCGGCGAACGCCGAGUGCCGGGACGGUCUCCGCAGCGUGCAGAGCAAGGUGCAGGCCGGCGGCAACGACGAGGAGCGCGCGGCGCAUGGCAUGGCGGACCCCGAGAUCCAGGCCAUUUUGCGCGACCCGAUCAUGCAGCAGGUGCUCAACGACUUCCAGACGGACCCGCGCGCGGCCCAGCGCCACAUGCAGAACCCGGGUGUCAUGGCCAAGAUUGAAAAGCUCAUUGCGGCCGGUGUCCUCCAAACCAAAUAAAUUGCACACACUUUAAUGUCAGGACCACUUUUUGCCCA